AUGGCGGAUUCCUCCUCUUCCUCCCCUUCUUCUUCUUCUUCUUCUUCUUCUUCUUCAGGGGUGCCUUCUGGAUUCCAGGUCCUCUCGCCCGAAGGAGGCGCCGCCGAAGUGUCACACAGAUUAAUGCCGCAAGAAGGUACCCCCUCCCUUCACCUACUUCCUCAUUCCCCUUCCUCUGGGGAGAAAGAAGAUACCCUCCCUGACCUACUUCCCCAGUCCCCUUCCUCUGGAGAGCAAGAAGGUCCCCACCCCCCCAACCUACUUCCUCAUUCUCCUUCCUCUGGGGAGAAGGAUGGUCGCCUCCCUGGCCUACUUCCUAAUUCCCUUUCUUCUGGGGAGGAAGAAAGUCCCCCACCAUUGAGCUCCUUCCCCAUUCCCAUUCCUCUGGGGAGAGGAAGGUCCCCCCCUGACCUACUUCCUCAUUCCCCUUCCUCUGAGGAGCAAGGAGGUCCCUCCCCUGUCUUACUUCUCCAUUCCCCAUCCUCUGAGGAGCAAGACGGUCCCCCCUUACCUACUUCCCCAUUCCCCUUCCUCUGGGGAGUAAAAAUGUCCCCCCCUGACCUACUUCCCCAUUCCCCUUCCUCUGGGGAAGAAGAAAGUCACCCUCCCACCUCGACCGCCUUCCCCAUUCCCAUUCCUCUGGGGAGAAGGAAGGUCCUCCCCUUUGGCCUUUUUCCCUAUUCCCCUUCCUCUAGGGAGGAAGAAAAUCACCCUCUCGACCUCCUUCCCAAUUCCAAUUCCUCUGGGGAGAAGGAAGGUCCCCCCCGGCCUACUUCCCCAUUCCCCUUCCUCUGGGGAGCAAGACGGUCCCACCCCUGA